GAAGAGACACUGUUUCACACUUUUGUAGUAAAGAAUAAUAACGGAUCGGAUCCAUUGACGAAAGAGAAGGUUAUAGCAGCGGCUUACCCGCAAACCGGCUUGACGCAGCAGCUAUUACUACCAUCUUCUAGUUCACAGAUCCAAAAAUCAAAUCCGCUUCCGACGCCGCGAUGUCUCUCCGUCGUUCUCUCCUCGGCCUCCACCGUCAAACCCACAACCUCUCUCUCUCAAAGUCUUCACCUUUCUCGAUUACCAACAUCUCCUCCCCUUCCGUCGCCGUGAUCGGAAGAGAAAUCUCCUCGAUCCCAUUUUCACUGACACAGAGACUCAAACCGGACUGUAGUAAUCUCGUCGGCGAUCGUUCUCUCGGGCAAUCUCAGCUGGCUCGUCUCCCGUCUUCUCGAGGCUACAGCAACGCGUCUCUCGUACGGAAGAUCCCUGUUCUGUUCCACAUCAACGCGGGGAUGGAGGAGGUUUUGGCGGAUUACGUUCACCAAGAGCUGACCAGGAAUCUCAUGGUGAUCUCUCUGGGGUUGUUCCAGAUCAUCGUUAUCAAAGACGUCGUCGUUUUUCUUUUCUUCUGAGCAAAAGGAAUCAUCUUUUGGGGUGAUAACAGUGAGCUAAAAGUCAUUCCUUUUUUAUCUUUCUUCUUGUAUGAAUAAGAACAUUGAUGAAAUUGUCAUCUUAAUCUUUCUAAGCUUCUUUGUCUGGUCUAUUUGAUUUAGUUUAUGUUGGAAUAAAAGAGAAGUUUUCCCAGGCUCUA